UCCAGGGCUUCGCCGGGCGGGGCCUUGCGAGCGGCGCUCAGAAUGACUGACAGCUCCUCGAAGCGCUGGAAUUAUUUGUGUUAUGCGCAGCUCGAGACCGUAAGGAGAGGAGGAUUUGCACUUUGGAAAGCGAACAAUUUAAGCUCGCAUCUGCUCUAACGGGAAUCUUAUAACCAAGGAAGAUGGAGAAGGGAAUCACUGUUAUUGUACCAAUGGCAACAAAAGCAACACAAGACUAUACAACUUAUCCUUCUGCAACAGCCAGUCAUGGAUCUGACAGCAUAACUAAAGUUCAGCUGCCCCAAGUUCUGAACAAGUUUAGGAAAGGAGAACCUUGCAUAUUAGGGAUUUUACAGUUAACAUCUGCCAUAGUUAAUAUCCUCUUUGGUGUUAUUAUGGCCAUGUAUUUGGACGCUUUAACUUUCACUGGAAUUCCAUUUUGGACAGGGAUUCUGUAUAUAAUUUCUGGAUCUCUUUCCAUUGCUGCAGACAAGAAGCCCAAGACAUCCCUGAUGAACGCCAUGUUAACCAUGAACAUCAUUAGUUCCAUAGCAGCUGGGAUUGGGAUAAUUUUCUAUGCCACGAAUUUAAGCUUUCGAAUCUAUAUCAGCUAUUGCUUUUACCAUUUAGAAUCUGAUUAUGUUUCUCCCUCAAGCUGUGAAAUUUUACAUGAAAAGCACACAAUACUUCAUAAUGGAACAAUAGGCUUGAUGCUAGUUUUCACUAUUUUAGAGUUUUUUGUGACCAUCAUCACAUCUAGUUUUGGGUGCAAAGUUAUUUGUGGCCAGAAUUUGCCAGUGAUUAUUGUCCAGCAAACCAUCCAUUCAAACACAGAUCCUGCGCCCAAUGUUUAAAUGUCUAAAGAGAGAAGAAAUAUUUUUUGGAUUAUUUUCUUUUCCUACUUGGAGAAAACUCAUUUACAAGAAUCAUAUUUAAUGGAUACAAAUGUAUUUUUUGGAGACUGAAAUGAUUAUAUUCAAUUUAUUAUGUUUACAGUAUGUAUUAAUCUCCUUAUUUGUUUUAGCAAAUCAAGCAGAUAUGCAUCCACUGUCUGUUAUGACAGCUUUAUGAGGACCAAUGCAAAAAAGAAAGUUGUGAUGUACAAUAAUAAAGCUAGCUUUAAAAAGAAAGAACAUUAUGUGUGGAUAUUAAACAGGAGAGAGAGCACACAAGAAUGGUUUUCUUUUCUUUUUCUUUUUUUAAGUGUACAAAUGAAGGGCAGCAAAAUAUGACAGAAAAAAAGAUAUCUGAGUGCAAAUAUCAUCUAUUACAUUGUUUUGGAAGGUAAUUAACUAAGUAUUAUUGAUAUAAUUAUUAUUUCUGCUUAAAAAUGUUAUAACCUUCCUUAGUUGAGCAUAUUGAAGAUUCUACAAUAAAAAUCUUUUAAUUAUAUUUGUAGAUUUUCCAUUAAACUAGGCAGACCCUGUUGGCUGACAUUCAUUCAAAAUUCUUUUAUUUUUUUAAGGUGUAAUUUUACCAAUAAAAUACCAUAAACUGAGAUGCAUUAUGAUUAUCUGGAAAAGUAUAUCCUGACCUAUAGAAUUAUUCAGAGUGUAAAAUAAAAA